AAUAUGUUAGUAGAAUUUUACAAAGAAUUUCUUACAAUCUAUGCAUAUCUUUAUACUAAUCACUCAAAGUCAUUGGAUUUGUGGGCAACAACUUUAAACGGUUUCUCAAAACCUAAAUGACGAUGUACAGUUCGUUGCUUUUUAUGCUGCUGAUAAUACCAUGUGCACUUUUUUAUUUCAUGUUUGUGGCAGAUAACAACACUAAAAAAGAACUUCGUAAAGAUUGCAUCAAUGAUGCUAAAUGCAGCAAAGAUCAGGGAUGUUCAAAUAACGGCAAAUGUGUGUGUAAGAAUGGAAUGAAGCUAUAUAACUACAGUGUUUGCCAGGAAGAAUGUGUGAAUAACAAUGAUUGCAGCUCAACACUACUGGAAUGUAAAAAAAGUAAAUGCGUCUGCAGAAAAGACUCAAGUCGUGUUUGGGACUGGAGACAUCAAAAAUGUCGAGGUUGUUAUGGUAGCUACGAAUGCAGGGAGUACGAUGUAUGUUUGAAUGGAACAUGCAAAUGCUACGACAAAUUUUAUUGGCUGUCAACUUCUAGUUGUGGAGCUUGUACAGGGGAUGACGAUUGUGGAGAAAACAGAAUUUGCCUUGACGAAGAAGUUUCCAUUCCCCGGAAAUGUAUUUGCAAAUCUGGGUAUUAUUGGCUUUCCACGAAGAAGUUAUGUAAAGAUAUAUCAUGCGCUGAUAAUCCUUGUGGCGGCGUUUCCAAGUGCAUUGAUGAGCAAUACAACGAACAAAAAUUUCGUUGUGUUUGUCCUGAUGGCCAGUUUGGAGAUGGAUACCAUUGUUACGACACACCGUGCUACAACUCUACUUGCCAUAACGGUGGAACAUGUUUUAAGAAUAACAAAAAAUCAAAAGGAUUUAUUUGCCUGUGCCCAAUAGGUUUCUCUGGAAGAAAAUGUCAAUUAUCUGUUAAGCCAGGGGAAUGCACAGAAGUUGAUUGCAAAAAUGGAGGGCAAUGUGACAGUCAGCACAAGUGUGCUUGCAAAAAAGGAUUCACAGGAAAUUUUUGUGAAGAUAUGAAUUGUAAAGCGGAGAAGGAUUGCUUUAACAAUGGACAUUGUGCUGGUGGAACGUGCCACUGCAGUUCAAAUUACACUGGAGUGUUUUGUGAAGUUCCCAUUCAUCAAUCCUAUCUCAACUAUCCACGAAUAAAUUUUGCUGGAUCAAUUACAGCCGAUGUGUCUACCGUGAAUAAUGAUAUACGAAAUUGGAAUGCCAGUGUUGAUCCAUUGCUUCGACCACCAGAGCCCUCGUGGAAUCCAAAAGGCACCGGUAUAUGGCGAAUACAAAAUGCACGAGUAACAGCUUCUUGUGAUCUAGACAGAAUUUGCAAGAACACAAGUGAUCGAAUUAUUCAUGCGAAUGUGAAAGAUCGAUCUCAUAGAGCAAGCGCUAAACUGGUCGAUUUUGAUGUUGAAUUACAAGUUGUGAGUAAAAUAUAUGGUUGGACAAUCGAAGUCGAAAACUUCUUCAAAGGCGAUUUCCAAUCCGUUCCAUUUCAAUAUAUGUGGACUAGAUACCGAGUUGAUGAUAAUAAGCAUUAUGGAGCUGUGUAUCAGAGCGUUCUUCACAAUGUUCAAUUCGGUUAUAGAGCUGACGAGUCAGACAUUGUUAAAUUCUUUAAGCGAAAUGUUGAUAACAAUGACAUUAAACUGUCCAUUCAUUUCAACAUUGAUCAAUUUGUUACUGAUUCACAACAAAAUAACUUUACUAUUGCCAGGAUUGUUGGUUCCAUUGGCAUCUCUGGUCCUAAAUCUCCUCCUUAUUUCACUCUUGGUCGACUGUUGGAACCCGUUUAUAAUUCAUCAUGUAAUUAUUCAGUUUGGUAUGCACCAUUUGUCAAGGAGAAGAAAGAUAAUGAUCAUUAUGUUUUGGUUGAUUUUGGAAACAGUUUUCAAAUAGAUUCGAAAGGAAAUGUCACAGAAAAUAUUGGACAACUACGAUUUGGACUGUUGGAAAAAAGUAGUUCUCAACCAACAUGUGCGGACAUAAAAGCAAGCACAUGGUUUGGACCAGAAUGGAACCUCAAAAGCUAUAAUUACACAAACACAACCGGUAUUAUUGAUAUGAAGAUCGAUAAAUUGGUGUUUGAUUUGUUAGAUGAAAAUCGCCUUGUUUUGAUGAAGCUAAAUUCCGAUAGUCAUUGUUCUUGUAUUGUCCUGGCGGAAGCAAUCGGUGGUCUUGCUGUACACCCGUUGACACAAUGGACUCUGCGCUCAGAUGGCAACUCUACGUUGAAGACAUCCUUGCGCAUGACUCAGUUUGGAAAGACAAAAUGUGAUAAGGAUCUCAUCGUUGUAGAACAAGAUGAUAGCUACACUAUGGGCCCAUUUCUUCCUCGAACGCCAGCAAUUAGCAAGGCGACUGUAAAAUGCAGUAAAGAUAAUAAUUUGGAAGUCUCAUUUGAAACACCCACUAGCGUGAACAAUCCUAGACACUUUAUUGAUGGACAAGUGUAUACAUUCCAGUAUUAUUUUAAAGAAAUAGGGAAGAUCAAUGCAUCCAAUGAAAAGUUUAAAUCUUUAAAUUCGAUGAUAGCCCUCUUUGUGUACAGUAAUUAUAAAAUACCAACAAAUCCAUGUUGGCUCAGGCACGUUGGACCUAUAUUUCAGCAAUAUGCAACCCUGUAUCCUGUGAUGAAAACUCACUUUUUCGAUAUGGGAGACUAUUACGAAGUAGUUGCAAACAAGAGAGGACUUAUAAGAUCAAUGGAACUCGACGAGGAAGACCCACACUACAUGCCAGUGACAAGAGAUUUGUCGAAACCUAAAAGACAAAUGAUCUUAAACUGGCUAGCUCAAGAAAAGCCUUGCUACGGUGUUCUUAACUUUGCAGUCAAUGUACAAAUGUUAAAACAGCUUCUACAAACCGCAUUAAAGUUAGAACACUCAACCAUUCCACCAUACUUAAGUGGUUAUUUCUCCCUAAAAAAAAGCGAAAAUAGUCAGGUAAGAGAAAUGGUUAAAGGUAUUUUAAUAUCGGAGAUGCAUCAUAUGGCUUUAGUAGCAAACGUUAUAAACGCCAUCGGUGGUCAUCCAGACUUGUUGGCACCAGAUUUUGUACCCUCGUAUCCAAGUUAUUUACCUGGUGGAGUACAUCCUCAACACAAGAUCUCAGUGAAUAAAAUGUCCACGACGCAAAUCCGUAAUGCUUAUAUGGUAAUCGAGCAACCUACUAAAGAACUUCAAGAAGGUGGAUUAAUGGACGCCAUAAAUAGAUUAAUUGAUGAAAAACAAGAUCAAACAGUUGGGAAGGCUUCAAAAACUUCAAAAACCGAGCAGUGUGAAAAGGGAGAUACCAAGUGUGGAAGUAUUCACGACAAGUCUUCAUAUUAUGCAUUUAGUGGUAAACUUGCUUGCGAUGCAGUGAACGAGAUCUUUGUUUCCAUCUUCGGGAACGCUUAUGGUUUUGUAAAAAAUCAUAACACAAUUGGUGAGCUUUAUGCCAAAAUUCUCAUGAUACUUUCAAAGUUGGAAUGUGAAAGAAAAAUUGAAUAUCUUGAAAAUGUCCCACAAGUUGAAGUACGCGAUGAAGUAUUCAAGGUUGAUAGCUACGUCAGUGCAGUUAGAGCUAUAGAGAGGAUUGUAUCGGAAGGGGAAGGAGCAUCUGCAUGUAAUCCUUUGGAUGACAAAACAGAAUUGUCUCAUUACUACAAAUUUGGAUCCAUAUUAAACAGACGUCACAUCAAAACGUUUGUAAAGAACAAUACUAAUCAGAUCGCUUACGAUCACAUUCACCAUUUUGAUGUAGAAGAAAUCAAGCAUUGCCAAGGAACAUUUGCGUAUACUGGUAGAUUUUUGCCUUUCAAUGAAGAUGGCGUCUGGCCAAUUGUUCCAGACCCUAAGAUGACGAUGUACAAGGAAGGGAGCAGAGCGAGAUAUCUGGCAACACAGUUUAACAACACCUAUUUUGAGCUUCUCACGACAAUACAACAAGUUUUUGAUGCAACUGACUACCAAAAAACGUUUAUCGAUUCCUUUGGAAUAAUGAAGCAACUGCUUGUUAUUGGGGACAAACUUGUGCAAGUUCCUAUUAAAGAUGGUGGUGAUCCAAAUAUUGGUCCAAACGCUGGGCCAAUUUAUCCUUCAUACCCUUAGAUACUCAAUAAGAUGGUUUUUGCAUUUUGAAUUUAUUACAAGCAUAAAGAAGAGUGAUGACCAUCAUCAUUAUUACUAUGCGAUUAUUCAACGUUAUCUCUUGUCUUGAUAGCUCCAUAGACAACAUUAGAUUCAGUUAUGUAAUACUCCUUAAGUUAGUAGCUUUAAAGUUUAAAUUAAAAAAGAAAUAACUUUUUGAAAGGCAAA